GAUCAGAUAAUGCUUUAUUUAUACCUUGAAGUGUAAGACCAACAUGUCAAAGCACACGGUAGUUUCGAAAGGCUCCUCUCAACCCUCCCGACCCAGCAUGACCAAUAAAGAUGGCUGAACGAUGCAAGCAAGAGCUUAAAACACAGGUUAGACAAGAAUGCAAGAAACGAAAAAAUGGUUGCAAAAUGUCAUAAUGCUGAUCUUAGGAGGGAUGAUGGAUGCUGACGGCCUGAUGCUUUGCACAGAUCAGUUACCUCAGGAUGAGCGCACUCAAGACCCAAGACAUCUUCUCCGCCGCUGAGCUCGCGAUGCUGGCUGAAAGGAAGUUGAGAGAGGAGAAGAAACGUCAACUCUGCCGCUACACGUCUCUCCAAUGCCUCAUGUCGCAUGAUAUCGCGGAAGGCGGCAGCCCCGACAAGAAGCCGCUGGAUGCGGAAGACUUUCGGUUCCAUGCGGUGAGGGAGGUAGCGUACAGGCAGUGGCAAGACAAGGUGCCGCCGAAGCAUGGAGGGAUGAAGAAGGUGUUCUCGGAGCUCGGGAGCUUGAGCAAGGUGUCCCUGCAGAGGAGCGGGAGGGGAGGAGGCCUGACUUGCUGGGCAGGUGUUGCAAGAGACGCUGGAGGAGGAGGCGAGGGGAGGAAAGGGCGAGCAGCUGUCGACGAUCCUGGAGGACGUGAGAGAGAGAGGCGGACGUGCAGGUGGUGUGGGAGAUGACGGGGC